AUGGAGCAGCUUGGAACUCAGCGAAACCAGCUCGUGCAAGACCUGGUCACCCAGCAGCAGGAGUUCCAGCGGGAGUGUCUCCAGCAACUCGCAGUGGCGCUGGCCCGACCCGGAGAGGCACAGCCUGGAGGCGCAGCCGGGACUACGCGGCCCAGCCCCCCGAUCCGGCUGACGAAAAUGGUCCCCGGUGAUGACCCUGAAGCCUUUCUCGUCACCUUCGAGAGGGUGGCCGCCGUCGCCGGCUGGGUCCCGGAGCUAUGGGCUUCCAUAUUAGCCCCAUACCUGACUGGGACGGCGCAGAUGGUCUACCGAGGCCUGUCGGUGGAAGCCGCCCAAGACUACAGCCAAGUAAAGGCUGCCAUUCUCGAUGCCCUGGAUGUGAGCCCCGAGACUUUCCGCCAGCGGUUUAGGAGUCUGACCUACCCCACGGGGGCCCGACCUCGGCAGGUGGCCCAGGAACUCCGGGAAACCUGCAAGCGGUGGUUACAACCCAAGCACCGAACAUCGGAGGAGGUAAUGGAACAGGUGCUGCUAGAGCAGUUCACCCAUGUUCUUCCACCACGGGGGCGGGCCUGGGUCCUCCGCCACUGA